GAGAAAUUUAAUCAUAUUAAAAUAGAAAGUUUAAUGUGUUAAAUUAUUAUUUUAUUUAUAAUUUAAAUUGAAAGAAAUCAAAAUGGUGAUAAAAGUGCAAAUGGACCAAAUGAGUCCUGCAGCCAGCAGGUUCCGGAGUAUUGCUUCACAGAUCAUAUCAUCCUUGUCUCCGAAUUUCCUUCUACUAGACCUUGGGAUGGCUAUAAGUUUUCCAACUAUAGCACUACCAGUCCUUCUUAACGCCCGGGAAGGCUUAUCCGUAAACGAUGUCCAGGCAUCUUGGUUUGGCAGCUUAUCAUCGCUUACGCAACCAUUCGGCGCUUUCAUUUCUGGGCCUAUUGUGGAUUUCCUGGGAAGAAGACGGGCUAACUUCGUAGUGAAUUUACCUCAUAUAAUAGCCUGGAUCUUAAUGUAUUUUUCGUGGGAUCUACCGUCCCUGUUUAUGGCCAAUGCUUUACUGGGAUUGGGAACCGGUAUUAUGGAAGCGCCGAUUAACGCAUAUGUUGGUGAAAUCAGUGAGCCGUCAAUUCGAGGAUCAUUAUCAACGUUUACACAACUGUUUUUGUCGCUGGGGACAUUUGCGAUGUAUUUUCUCGGGGCAGUAGUGGACUGGCGGAGCGCGGCGAUAAUCAGUCUGGCGAUACCCAUCAGUUCUAUGGCGCUGGUGCUCUUGGUACCGGAGACUCCAGUUUGGUUGCUAUCACGCGGCAGAGAGAAAGAUGCUUUAAAUUCUCUGUGUAAGCUGCGAGGUUGGACGACGCCGGAGCACGUUAGGGAGGAGUUUGACCAACUGGUCGAUUAUAGCAAAAAAUUACAGAAUUGCGUCAUUUGCUAUAAAUUAUACAAUAGAGACACACAGACAUGCGAACAUGUUACAAUGAAUCCUAUUAGAAGAUCUAUGUACAAGUUCAGAUACGUGAUGCUCGCCAAAGAGACACUAAGACCAUUGAUAUUUGUGAUGGUCUACUUCAUGUUCUACGUGAUGAGCGGCCUGACGCCCAUCAAGCCCAACAUGGUCAACAUCUGCGGCGCGUUCGGUAUGGCUCAGGACGGCAAAGAUAUUGUUCUAAACGUCGGCAUCAUUACGAUAUGCUGUAGCGUCCUCGUCAUAGCGUCCAUCAGAUAUGUCGGCAAGCGAAAGAUGGCCAUCACCUCUCUUCUCGGCACCGCUAUCUCCUGCGCGGCGUUGAGCGUCUACGCUAAAUACAACCUCGAUGAUUCCGUUUUCUCCUACGACACGAGUACGUUCCCCAAGGAAACGAGCUACGUGCCUCUUAUACUGUUUUACAUGAUGGCAUUCUUCACCGGGUUCAAUUUACCAUGGGUUCUUGUUGGAGAAGUUUUCCCAUUCAGAAGCAGAGCCUCAGCCCAAGGUAUAGCAGCAGCGAGUAAUUACGUAUUCACAUUCCUCGGUGCGAAGUCGCUCAUAGAUCUGGAGGUUUACGGACAGUUGUGGGGGACCUUCGCAGUGUACGCGGCUUUCGGCUUCGUCGGAACAAUUUUCCUAUACUUUUUCCUACCGGAAACCGAAGGCAUGAGUCUAGAGGACAUCGAAGUAUUCUUCAACGGUGAUAAAAUACAAACGUUCGCAAACGAUCCUGUUAUUAAUACAUUAAAAAGACUUAAGAGGAGAAAUAUUAACCAAUAAAUAUAAGACUCAUUAAUAUAGUUAUUUAAAUAUACUAAGCAUAUAAAGUGAUAA